CUGUAAACUUGUGCUCGUCAAAUGCUCUGUUCGCCUGGCAAAAACCGCAGUUUGUUGAAACGCUUUCGGUUGCUGCUGAUUUUUAAACUUAAACAUGACUGGCUAUCGCUCCGAUGAUUGCACGAGCCCCUUCGUUUCCUGUAUUUCUUGUUAUGCCAAAUGGCAGCUUUGCACUGUAAGCGCCUCGUUGUUGUUGAUGGCUGCUUCUGAACUUCAGUCACUAAUCAUUAAUACAACGUCCAUUCUGCACGUGCCAGCAUGAAAAUGUCGAAGUAUAUUUUCGAUCGAGAAGGCUUAUCUCGUUUAUUGUGCUCAGCUGUCUGCAGGCAUGCUCUCUAACUCCUUUUAACUUUCUUGACUGGACUGUUUGCUUGUGUAGGCCUCAAUUUCCUCUUUGCUGCUGCAGACGACUGAAGAAACACAACCUUGUUAAACUUGUAUCCGGAGUAAAAGACAGUUUCUAACCCUUCCGUUUCUCUCAUAAGGUUCUGCACCCUAAAGAGGAUCUGAAGGAUGGACAGCAAACCUCAGAUUUGAUUUUUGGAAGGAGCGUUGCAUGCUCCCCACCCUCUGUCCUUUCCUUUGGGAUUUAUGUUUCCUCCCAAAUACCUCUGUUUACACAAUUACACAAAGAAAUUCUCAACCAGAGGCAGUGAAGGCACACUGCACUGAAAGCAACCCAGUUUUGCUCUCUGGACAUUUGGAGAUCAAGUUUGAGAGCUCUGACUCUAACCUUUUUUUAAACUUUACAAUAUUACUAUGAGUCUUCCUCCUCAAGUUAACACUGACAAGAGCGGCAAGCAUAGGGCUGCGGCCAUGAAGGAGCCUGUGCAGCAUUCUGGGGAGGUUUAUUAUGGCAUGGGGCCUCCGACUUUAGAACCGAGCCACAGUGACUCUGGUGGCAGCUCUGGCGUUUAUAACCCGGAGAAAGCUCCCCAAAGUCGGCUGCACUACCAACAGGCCGCUCCGGUGAAGUGGAUUCACCAGGAGACCUUACAGCGCCCAGCCUGGUCUCAGGCAGCCCCGUUGCCAGACUGGGGCCAGAACUUUGGCCCCUAUAUGGGUGAGGUGAAUGUCAGGGGUCAGAUGGCCUUCCACAAAGGCCCCCAUGAAGGUGGAGCUCUGCAGAUGGGGGGAGAAAAUCAACCGUCAGGAUCUGUCGAUGUUUACAGAGAGCCCACCCAGGCUCAUGCCCAGGCCCCGGGGAGGGUCCUUGAGUGGGAGCAGCAUGCUGCGGCUGCAAUGCAUCAGGCUCAGCUCCAGGCCUAUCAGCAGGGUCAUAAAGUUGUAGACCUCCAGGGUCAAGCCCAUGUUCCUUCUCACACUAUGGCAGGGUCUGUGCUGCAACCCUUCCAGACAACAUUUAGGCCCACCAAGCAACAGUUUCCAUCUGGGUAUUAUCCUGUGUUCCAGGGGAACAAAGGGAUGUCCCGCCUCGCCUACAACGAGCAGCCGAAAUCUCAACACCUGCUCCACCAGAUGCAGCAACACCAAAUGCAUCAUCAGCAACAACAACCGCAACAACAGUUGCAUCAACAGCAUCACCAUCAGCUACAACAACAGCAUCAUUUGCAGCAACAACAGCACCAAAUGCAACAGCAGCAAAUCCAGCAGCAACAAAUGCAGCAAAUGCAGCAGCAGUAUCACCAGCAGCUACAGGAGCAGAGGCAACAAAUGCAGCAAAUGCAGCAGCAGCAGCAACAACAACAACAACAACAGCCACAACUGCAACCACAACCACAAAAUGUACCACCACAAGAAUCAACACAGUUACAGGUGCAACCAAAGCAGCAACAAACCCAAAGCUUCCUGACGUAUCAGCCGCCUGAACCAUGUCCACCUAACAGCAGCCCUAAAAAGGAAACUGUCCAGUCGAUGGUGCAGCAACAGGAAGCUGAGGCCCAGCCCAGUGAUACAUCAGUCUUACCUAACCCAUGCCCCGAGAAGCCCUCCUCAAAUCCCACAGAAGCCUCAGAUGAGACACCGGUCGUCCCUCGGCGCUCACGCCGCCUUUCCAGAGAUGGACUUUCCCCACUGGCCCCCCCAUCCACAAACCUCUGGUCUCAGGCUUCCAAAGAGGCUGCAACAUCCCAGAAUGGAGUAGCGGGAGCAGAGGCCAUGAGAGCAGGGGCAGCACAAGUGACAACAGGGGGGGUCAUCCAGAGCACCCGCAGGAGGAGGAGGGCGUCUAAAGAGAUCAACCUGGAGACUCUAGCCCAGAAGGCAUCGGAAAUGGAGUCCCUGCCUGCUAAAGUUUUCAAGGAAGAUGGUCCUCCAGGCAGACAGGCCAGCAUGGUGCCCCUAGUUAUUCCUGUGUCUGUGCCAGUGCGUCCGAGUCAGACGGACCCCCAGGGUGACUGGCCACAGGGACGAGUCGGCCAGACCGAGCAGCAGCCGGCCCGGCCUGAUCGCAAGCCUUCUGUCAUUGUGGCUGGUCGCCGAUCGCUCAGAAGCACCAUCUCUGAGAGCUUUGGCCAGGAUGGGGAGAGCUAUCCAGAACAGGAUGAGGAUGGACAAUCCAAACCUAAGCGCCGCCCUCGGCCCGAGCCCCUCAUCAUUCCCCUUCCCAAACCCUCUUCGUUCAUCGCUCCAUCCGUCUACUCCAGCAUCACUGCCUACCAGAGCCACCUGCGCUCCCCAGUGCGCCUGCCAGACCACCCCCUCACCCUGCCGCCAUACACACCACCACCCAUCCUGUCUCCUGUGCGAGAGGGCUCAGGACUCUACUUCUCCACCUUCUUGUCCAGCAUUGCAGCAAGCACCCAAAGCCUGCCACCACCUCCGACUCCCAAGUCUGCUACCCGCAGCCUCCUGCGCUCCACGAGUUCAGACAUCACACCUCCAGUCCUGCCCUUGAUUGCCGACGCCACACCUGUCAGCUUUGAACCGCGCAUCAACAUUGGGCAGCAGUACCAGGCGGACAUUCCAGAGCUGCAGGAGCAUCAAGCCGCCCAGUUUGACCAGCACAAGGCCGACUUGGUUUGGCUUCCUUCGAAUGAGUCCCACCUCAAAAACGGCGACCAGGAGAGCUUGGAGGAUAUGAUGAGCCUGGCUUGUUCCAGUGUGUUCCGUGGAGGAGGCACCAAUCAGGAGCUGGCUUUGCACUGUUUACAUGAAUGUGGCUGCGAUUUCCUUGAAACACUGAAGCGUUUAAUGCUUGAGGACCCUAUCUUCCCCAAAGACCAUCACCUUGCAGGUUAUCACUACUCAGGUUCAGACAACUGGACUGCAGCAGAGAAGGGUUACUUCAACAAGGGCAUUGCAGCGUACAGAAAGGACUUCUUCAUGGUGCAAAAACUGGUGCAGACAAAGACCGUGGCUCAGUGUGUAGAAUUCUACUACACGUACAAGAAACAGGUGAAGAUCGGGCGCAACGGGAUCCUGACCUUCGGCCCUCCAGAUUCACCGGUGGACAAAGUCCCAGAGGCGGUGGUGGACGUUAAGAGUUCACAGCCGUCAAAACCGACUCGAGGGGAGGCAGAGGGCGAUGUGAAGAAGGAGGAAGCUUCCUUUGACCAGAGUGAAAACGGCAGGCUGGCGAAUGUUGCUCAUUCACUACAGGCUCACGACUAUGCAGGAGUGAUGCCGGUGCUCAAAGAGCAGGAGGAUGCGAACAGGGAGGCUCAGCCCCAUUCAGCACCUCGACGGCCUCGGCCUGAGGCUGCAGGAAAGAAGAGCAGACCGCCGUCAAAACCCCCACAGGAACCAGAGGGAGUGUUUCCCUGCAAGAAGUGUAACAGGGUGUUUUAUAAGGUGAAGAGCCGCAGUGCCCACAUGAAGAGUCACGCUGAGCAGGAGAAAAAGGCUGCAGCACUGCGCCAGAAAGAGGAGGAGGAGGAGCGAGCAGCCGCUGAGGCUCGGGCCAGGAAGGCAGCAGCAGCAGCAGCAGCAGCAGCAGCAGGAGCCGAUCUGGACGGUAAUGGGAAUGGAGGAACAGAGCAGACAGAAGUCAGUAGCCAGGAAGACUCAUCCGAGGGAGAAGAUGACGACGAUGAGGACUGGCACUGAGAGAGAAUGGGGGGGACAACAACAACAAAAAAAAAAAAAACAGUGAUAGAUGGACAGAUGGAAGGGUAAACAGGGUGAGAUAUGGAGGGAGUAGCUGCAGGAAUCAGAGAGGGCGAGAUGAAAAGAGAUGUGCUGCCCUGUGGAGCGCAGAGUAAGAACAAGAAAAGCAACAAUAAAACAGUUUUUUUUUUUUCCUCCGCAAAGCUUUUCAAGCUUUUUUUCCCCCGUUAAUCCUUCACACUCUUAACCCAGCCUCUGUGCUUCAGUCAUCCGCAGGGAGCCACUCUCCCCAUCAGCCAGGGAAUCACACUCCUGAUUUUUAGACGCAUUUGUAUCUUUUAACUUUCAAAACAAAGCCUAUAUUUUUGUAAAUGCACUUAUACUUGCUACUGCUUUUGCCAAUGUUUCCUCUUUUUUUGUAUCCUUUAUUUAAUUGAAUAUAUCAGAAUAUUAUACUUUUGCAUUGCAUGGCCUCAGUUUAAUGGUUGUGCUUUGAUGUUUCAUGAGAGGUUAUCAUUAAAAGAAGUGUUUUGCAAUAUUACUCCAGGAUCAAAGCAGUCUUUCACUUUAUACCCACAGUUUUCUCCUCAAUUAAAAUAGCAUAACAACUUGUAUUUAAAUUCUUCUCUCUUCUUAAGAAAAUACUAUGCUGAGUUUUACAAUUGCCAUCUGAUUUUUUUUAGGUUGGUUGCACACUUAAGGGACCUUUUUAAAAUGAAUGUGUACAAAAAGUAUAUAUAUCAAAUGCCAUACUAUAUUUAUGAUACUGCGUUUUGCAUCGAUUUUGGUAAUAUAAGAACUAAUCAUGUCAACAGCAUUUUGAAUUGUGAAUUUUGAAAAAGUUUAUUAAAAUUUCAACUGUU